AGAAGAAGAGGAAAGACAAAAGGGUGAAGAACAAAUAAGGCAGCAGGAAGAAAUCCGAGCGAAAGAGUUGUAUCUGAGCCUCAAGCAAGCUCAGCAGCAUAGUCAACACAGCGAUGAUGACCAGGAGUGGGAAGAACAGUUGCGCCGCUCCAAAGCUGCAGAUGAGGAAAGGAGCCACAAAGCACGCAGGGCCCGGGAUGAAUACCGACGACAAUCCUUGCGUGCCAUCCAGAAGGGAAGAGUGGCUGGCCUGAGUAAUUUGUUCCAGGGGACAAGCUUGAAUAAGGAUCAGGAGAUAAAACUGAACAACAAUAGUGCAAGUCCUUUGCUGUCUCUCUCUGCAGCAUCCAGUAACAUCUGGGAGCGUCCUUCUAGACCCUUUUCCCGAGAUGUCAUCGUUCGCUGGUUCAAAGAAGAGCAGGUUCCUCGACGUGCUGGCUUUGAGAGGAACACCAACAGGAUUGCUCAAUGGUUUCAUGGUAAUACACUGAUCCUUCGUUUCUUAGAUAAUAGAGCU